AUGUCGCCGUCAGAGUCGCCUAUAAAUUACCCCCAUGCUAGGCUUCUUGCAAAAAGCUCAGAGGUGGAAAUAGAACAAGCAAUUACUGUCCUGGAUGACGCUUUCAGAGGCGAUUCAUUCACCGACAUACUUACUGGCGGUGACCUCAGCCUAUCCCGACCCCAAUUCAACGCGAUGCUUCGUGGGGCCUUGAUUGGUGGGCAGGUCUACGUCAUAUCCAUAGGUCCAAAUGCUACCGACAUAGUGGGCGUCACGGUCUGGUAUCCUCCUUGCAAGCACUCUAUGAGCACCGAAGAAGAGCGUGCCCAAGGUUGGAACCAAUUCAUGGAAUCUAUGCCUGAGAAACUUAGGAUCUGGUUUGCGGAGCAUUUCCGCCCGAGGAUGUCGGGUUUGGCCAUUGAGGCUCUUGGCGAGGAGCAGGCACUGAAUGCAUGGCAUCUCCAACUCUUUGGUGUCCUGAAGGCCUACCAUGGGAAGGGUUACGGCAGGAAACUAUACGAGGUGGUGGAGUGUCAGGCUAAAGCACAAGGAGCGCUCAUGUAUUUAGAGACGACGACCGAAUUGGAUGUCAAGAUAUAUCAAAAGCUUGGCUUCCAUGUUCGUUCUGAGGUCUAUAUCAUCAACUGGAUUGGGACAGGUCAUGUCCGUCUCAUGAUCCAAGAGACGAAGGGGUCGGACGUCAAAGAAACUUGA